GGCAGGACGUGAGCGAUACAUACUGGCACAUACACCCACAUGUACCCACACACACACAAAAGCAAUUCCGCUACAAUACAUUGCCUCUAGUCGAACUUCUGAGCCUGCAUGGCGGGUCUGUUUUCACGUGGUUAAGACUGAGCCGACAAGGCAUUAGACUGGUACCCUCGCUACUGCUUCUACCCUCCUGUAUUGACAUAAUUAUCAUGGCACUAGGGAUAGCCGUCAGCGUGGCUUUAGUGGCCGCCUUGGCGUAUGUUGCGUACUUCCUUGUCGGUACAGUACGUUCCAUCCGCAAGCGGAGAGAAGUUCUUCUUCAAUGGCCGGGCCUUCCCGUGCACUGGCUGUAUGGAAACCUGCACCAGCAUCCGUUGACGAAUCCAAAAAUUCGAACAGAGUCGCCGGAGGAGGGCUUCGCCUUCCACUGUGCAAUGACGGAAAAGUUCCCCCAGGGUUAUCGCUUAUUUUACGGUCCGACAAGGGGGGAGAUCCUCGCAAACCACCCGGACAUUUUUAGGCCUAUAAUGAAAGGACGAGACCCGAAGCCUCUAAUGCAGGGCCAGCCGUCCUACAACUUCAUGCGGCCCUGGCUUGGGGACGGACUGCUCCUGGCUAAGGGGGAUACCUGGGUCCGUAAUCGUCGCCUCCUCACCCCAGCAUUCCACUUCGAUGUCCUCAAACCCUACAUACAAGUCUACAAUGAGGCAGUCGAUGUGUUUAUGGCCAAGUUGGACAAGUGUGUUAGGGGCGGCGCUAGUUUUGUGGUGACCAAGAACGUCAGCCUGCUAACCCUAGACAUUCUCCUUCGAUGUGCCUUCUCAUACGAGUCCGAUUGCCAAGUCCAAGGUGAUGAGCACCCUUACGUGAAGGCCACAAUGGAGUUAUCGAGAAUUGUGAUAGACAGAAUGUUUUCGAUGCUUCUUUACUUCGAUUUGCCGUUCAAGCUAUCUUCAAUGGGGCGCCGGUUCAAAAAGAGUUGCGACUUCGUUCAUCAAGUGGCAGACGAGGUCAUAAAACGGCGUCGGGCACAUUUGGAGGCAAAGAAGCACAAUCCUGACGCCGGCUCAGACCGUAAGUACCUUGAUUUCUUGGACAUCUUGUUGUCUGCUCGAGAUGAAGACGAUAAAGGAAUGACAGACAUGGAGAUCCGCAACGAGGUAGACACCUUCCUCUUCGAGGGUCACGACACCACGGCCAGUGGUCUGACAUGGAUGCUGUAUGCUAUGGCAACGCAUCCCGAACAUCAGAGGAAGGUCCAGGAGGAGAUUGAUGAAGUGAUGUCGGGCAGGGAAUCGGAAGAUGUUGGCUGGGAUGAUCUUGGAAAGCUCAAGUACAUGGUACAGUGCCUUAAGGAGUCGAUGAGGAUGUACCCUCCUGUCCCUUUCAUCAUGAGGGUUCUUGAGAGGGACGUCGAAAUCGAUGGCAAGAUCCUCCCAGCUGGAACCAACUUGGAUAUGGCCAUCUAUUGCCUUCACCACAAUCCUCAAGUGUGGACAGAUCAUAUGACCUUUGACCCCGACCGAUUCUCUCCGGACAACAUCCAGAAAAUCGACCCCUUCUCAUAUCUUCCAUUUGCUGCCGGCCCAAGGAACUGUAUUGGACAGAAUUUUGCCCUGAACGAGGAGAAGGUGAUCCUUGUUCGUCUGCUGAGGAGAUACACUAUCCAGCUGGACCCGAGCCACCCGGUCAAAUUCUCUGGCUUGCUCGAUUGUGUCACGUGGACUUCAUGCUGCGUGUCACGCGAUUGGUAAUGUGGAUGGUGUCCUAUUGUCAACACAUCGCGUAACGACGGCACAACAACAGCACGAGGGCUACUUGCGUCGGGCCGGGCCGUAUAGACCUCUAUCAUGGGGCAGCCAUCUUGGUUUUUUAGCAUUCAAACCAAUGUAACCAAACUGAGGCUGGAAGGG